AUGUCUGCCGCUCCCACAACCGCCACUCCUCCCGUCGCCUUCAACAGGCUCAAGCAGAUCGCUACCGAUGCUUGCCAAUCAGCGAUUGGUUCCGCAGAGUUCUACGACCAUGCUAAGACCGAACAAUGGAAUAGCGCCAUUAUUUCCUCAGUUCUCAAGGCCGUCAUCUCCGAGUCCACCCCUCAAGGCGGUUCCGCACCCGCUUACAAGUUCGCCUGUAACUCGACGAUUGUCCAGCACCUCGUUCCUACCUCGUCCCUGAACAAGUCCAAGGGCACCACCGCCAACUCCGAGGAGCCGCACAUCUCCACGAGCGCCGAGACUACCGGUACCGACGGCAAGCCUCACGUUGGACGCCGCGGCAUGCACAGCGCCACUGGUGCCUACUGGGAUGAAAAGAAGGACGGCAUGUGGUCGUACAAGUACGACGGAGGUGAAGGCAAGGGGAUGGAUGUUGUCAUCAUGCUCAUCUGGGUUGCUAUCUAA